CAAUCCUAGCGCCACUUUGUGCUUCUGGGUACUUCGCCUUUAGAACAGUCUAAGUGAGCCGGCGACUGAAUGAUCUCAGUGAGGAAAGAUUAUUACCUCAAGCAAUUCAGUGUGUUGUGUAACAGCUCAUAAAAUCAAAAACUGGGUUUUGCAAAAUUCACAUCAAGAGCUUGCAAUGACUACUCUUUUCCCCCAAGGAGUCUUUCAAUAAUGGUAAGAGGAUUGGACAGAGAAGUCAAAGACAUGUUUUAAGAUAACCCAGAGCCUUCUCUACUCCUCUUCCUUUGUAUUGGCUUCAGAUAUCACACUUCAAGGAGUAACCACUCAGUUUGACAAUCUCACAUAUCAUCCAAAGAAAUCUGUUCAGGUUAUUUGAAUUUCAAAUAAAGGAGCAGAAAUGCCACCAGCAGUAGGUGCCCCACUCCAUCCACCUCCUGAUGGAGGAUGGGGCUGGGUAGUGGUUGGAGCAGCUUUUAUCUCCAUUGGAUUUUCCUAUGCAUUCCCCAAAGCUGUCACAGUAUUCUUUAAAGAAAUUCAGCAAAUAUUCAACACUACCUACAGUGAAAUUGCAUGGAUAUCCUCCAUUAUGCUGGCUGUUAUGUACGCAGGAGGUCCCAUAAGCAGUGUGUUGGUGAAUAAAUAUGGUAGCCGGCCCGUGGUGAUGGCAGGAGGUUUGCUGUGUUGCGUUGGAAUGGUCACAGCCUCUUUCAGUACCAGUGUAACAGAGCUUUACCUCACUGUGGGGUUCAUUGGAGGUUUAGGGCUAGCCUUCAACCUACAGCCUGCCUUAACUAUCAUUGGCAAAUACUUCUAUAAGAAACGACCUGUGGCGAAUGGACUCGCCAUGGCAGGAAGCCCUGUUUUCUUAAGUACAUUGGCUCCUUUCAAUCAGUUCCUUUUUAAUACUUUUGGCUGGAAAGGAAGCUUCUUGAUUUUGGGAGGUAUACUGUUGAACGCCUGUGUGGCUGGGGCCCUCAUGAGACCCAUUGGACCCAAACAAACUACUAACAAGCCUAAAAAUAAGGUUGUCAUGAGAGCAGAUGAUUCAGAUGUGCAGAAAAGCCAUAAGAAGAAGUCACUAUGGGACAAAAUUAAUAAGUAUUUAGAUUUCUCCCUUUUUAAGCAUAGGGGAUUUCUGAUAUACUUAUCUGGAAAUGUCAUUAUGUUUCUAGGGUUUUUUGCCCCCAUCAUAUUCUUGGCUCCUUAUGCUAAAGACAAGGGAAUCGAUGAAUAUUCAGCAGCUUUCUUGCUGUCUGUUAUGGCUUUUGUUGAUAUGUUUGCUAGGCCUUCUGUAGGAUUUAUCGCAAACUCCAAAUUUAUCCGACCCCGAAUCCAGUACUUCUUCAGUUUGGCAGUCAUGUUCAAUGGCAUGUGUCAUCUCCUGUGCCCGCUGGCAGAGGACUACACGAGCCUGGUGAUAUAUGCUAUAUUUUUUGGCCUUGGAUUUGGGAGUGUUAGCAGUGUCCUCUUCGAAACGCUCAUGGACCUUGUCGGUGCACAAAGGUUUUCCAGUGCAGUGGGACUCGUCACCAUUGUGGAAUGUUGUCCAGUUCUUCUUGGCCCUCCUCUUGCUGGCAAAUUGGUGGAUGAAACUGGACAAUAUAAAUACAUGUAUCUGGCCUGUGGAUCUAUUGUGUUCAUAUCAAGUGUGUGGCUGCUUAUUGGCAAUGCUAUAAACUACAGAUUGCUAGCCAAAGAAAAGAAUUUGGAACAAGCGAAGAAGAAAAUGAACAAAACUGAGUGCAAAGAAUCUGAACCGUUGAACAAAUCUGAACAUCAUGAUGAUAAUGUCCAAAAUAUGAGACCAAGGAGUAAUCUUUCAGAGAGAGAAACUAAUAUUUAGCAAGAGUCGCAUCGCUGAUCUCAGUGUUUAUGACUUUCUUAUGAGUAUUUUUUUUUCCAAAAUAUUGGAAAGGUUUUUAAUUGAGAUGUGGAGUCAUCAUUAAGGAUGGAGAUGCGAUUUUCCUCAGUGGCAAAUGUUAAAUAAGUUUGCUUUUUAAAAUUUAUCUGGGCAGUUAAAUUUUGAGACUAUGCAUAUAAAGAAUCCAUGCAAUGGGUUUAUUACCAUACAUGACUCCGCUUGUGGUAAUUAAAAUCAUUUUUAGUCUUCCAGUGAGUCCAGAUUUUAUUACAGAGAUCUAAAUCCCUUAUCUCUGGUUUAAGUAGUAGAAGGAGUAUGUUUAAUUCCAUAAGAAAGCCCUCUCCAUAUUUCAUUUUUUAUUUGAUAUUUAAAUAUAAAAUGGAAAUGAAGGAAAAUUAAUUUUUCCCUUUUGCAUGUAUGUGUGCCCAAAACACACACACAUUCUCACAUACUCACGUGCACACAGAGUAUCUGGAAAACAAAAGACAAAUAAGUAAAAAAAUAUUUACCACUGUACUUUUCAUUUUACUUUAAAUCCGUGGAGAAAAUAGAAAUGUGUAUCUGCAUACUACUUUAUAAGUGGAUUUUAAAGAUAAGAACAUGGGUGAAGAUUAAGAUGAUCUUAAUUUGAAAAUGCAACUAACUGUUGUAAAAAGGACAUUUCCAUAUACAAUGUAAGUCUGAAAAAAGGAAAAAACUCCAUUUUAGACUAUUAUCUCUGAGCACUGUUAUGUUUGAUCAAUCCAUGCACAUGAUUUCUUUAAGGGGGGCCAUUAGUACCUGGUGCUAGAGAACAGAGCCCUCAAAUAAUUUUCAAAAUUCUUACCUAAUAUGUAAAUCAAAUUAAAAGCCUAAAUGACUCCUAGCAAUGAGCUGUAUCCAUUGAUUUUAAAAAGAUUUUAGUUAGUAAUCCAGAAAGUAAUACCAGGGACUUCUUUUAAUCAGAACCCAAUCCAGGCUCAUUGUCACACUGAGACAUCAUAGUGGAAUCAACCACAAUCCUGAUUGGAAGGCUUACAAAUAGGCCUAAUUCUAACUUUUCCCAGCUCAUAGCCAGUGAUCAGAGGAUUACUGUUAUAAGUAAUCCAUCUGAGUAAAGCUUACUAAAAGUAGGAGGUGCUUAUAACGAGCCUUCUAUGCCCCCUCAUUUUCCUCUACUCCCCAAAAUGCAAAAGCAAAAAGCAAACCCCAAUAGGCAUUUUACUCAGCCACUAAAAAUGCUUCAUAUUAUAGGAAUGCCAGCACUUGAAGAGUCUGCCCUCUACUGGUUAGACUUCCUGCUUCCUGUGAAUACAACUAAACCAGGAGAUUAGAAAUAAACACUUGUAAACUGGAAGCUGUUCGUGACUUGGUAUACACUUGGAAAGUGUAGGUAUGGUUUAUAAUACAUUAGCAAGAAAUUUGCUAUAUUGCAGCCCAGGUUAAUUGAGCAGUUUCUCAUUUUCAUAAUUAUGUGAAAACACCUAGAAUCUGAAUCAAUCUUGAAUCUAGAGGCAUAUGAUAGUUCUGUGUGUUCAAAACCAUUUUGAGUGAUAAAGUAUUUUUAAAUAAGAAAUAAUGUGUGCAUUAUGGCUCGAUUUGUGAGUUUUUACACCUAUACAUCAGACGUUUAAGAUCGUGAUUAAUGAAAAGCAUUUAGUGCUUGAUUACUGAAGUGAUGUCCCUCUUUAAGAUAUCAAAAGAAAUCUUUUUUAUUGCAGUAGAGGCCAGUGCUCUUCAUAUUUCCUAGAAAAUUAUACCUAAAUACCAAGCUUUUGUGAUGUUUAACAUUAGGGAAUUGAUUUGUAAAUUUUAUGCACUGUUUAAGCAUGUGGCUUAUACUUAGGAAGCUAUAUAAAAUUCCAUUUUUCAUUUAACAUUCCCUUUUUUACAUUUGAAGAGGUAUUUGCAUUUUUCAAAUAUUAGAUAAAACAAUAUGUGCCAAACCAUAGGUGAACAAAUCAAGAAAAAUGUGGCAGUAUUGGCUGUUUUUAAUUUAAUUUCACCCAAUGUUCAGUCUUGAAUGAGCUGUUUUCAUUAUUAGUGUUUUUGUAUCCAACCAUAACUCAUCACAAGAAAUGUGGCAUCAUAAAUUGUGUACUAAGUCUCCAAUCUUAAACAUUUCCAGAAAAUGUACCGAAUUCUUUGAAAAUACAUAUUUAAAUUAAUAUAGCUAUCAGACCCCAGGAGGAAAUUAAACAACGAAGUAAUUUUCAAGGGGCAUUAGGACUAAGGCUGCAGUCCCUUUUGACACAUGCUGAUAGAGACACGUUCGUGGGUACGUUCCAGUGACUCCUUCUAUAGAAGGACAUUUAUUUUCUCAUGAGUUUCUUGUUAAGUCAAAACUAAUUUGUAUUUGUUCUUUUGCCCUCUGGUCAUCUUCAUUAACUUUUCAUUUCUAACACUGAUUAUCUUAAAUUAUUAAAAAAUAAAAGGGAAGUGAAAUUGCACAUUCAAAGCACAUGAGGGGACGUAUACAGCCAUGCCUGGCAUAGCACUAUACAAAGCUACAGAUCACACACAUAAUUCCCAUACAUAAAUGUUGAAAAUUAAAUUAGAACACACUUGAAACAGUGUUGUAAGCCCACAUACGGUAUUCAGAAUUGUUCCAGGGGAAAAUUAAUUUUCUAGGUAUUCACUUUUUCUUGCACUUGUUAGAAUAUAUGCUAUUUGAACAGAAUCUUUCAAAGGUUGAGAAGAAAUUAUCAGCCUAGAACACUAAUUAUUAUGUAGUCACAUAAACGGAGGAGGAAGUACAGUUAACAUCUGUGUCUGCAACAAUUGGUGUAGAACGUUUUUCUUCCCCAAGGGAAUAACAGGUUUUCCAUGUUCAAGAAAUCAUGAGCAAGAUCAGAACAUACCAUCAAUAUCCCUUUUAGUCCCAUUCCUCCAUUAUGGAAUUGUACAGAAGGAAGAUUAUCAUAAACAAGGGUACUGAAAUAAUUUGUGAUCACUGGCUAGUGUAUUUUUCUGUUUGUGAUGAAUAAGCCCCCAGGAUGUCUCACCAUUUAACCUUAAAUAUGCCUACACUGGUUAAUGAACAGAAUAUUGGGUAUAGACUUGUCCUGGCCUAUUAUUCCCACCCUCUUUUCCGAUCCUUUUUGGAUUCAGUCAACACACUGAGAGACAGUGGAUCAGGCUGUUAGUGUAUGUCACCUUGGAGACUAUGUUUUCUCAGUGUAAACUCACGGCUCAUCAGUUUCAUUCACCUACUUUAUCUCAUACCACCCCACCCUAGACACUAGGAAGUAAGUAGAAUAACUAGGUUUGAUAUAUUUGACUAUGCACUUUAAAAAAAUUGUUAUUUUUUUACUCACUUUUCUCUGGCUGCACAUGACAAUCAAGUUUGAAAAAAAAAAGGAUGAUGUAAAUGUCAGUUUUUAUAUUGAGGUUAUAGGAUGUAGUGAUAUCCUUAACCAGUUAGUUGGAACAUUUCCCAUCCAAAAACACCUUAAAAAAAAAAAGCUCUCAUUUGUAUCAUAUUUCAGAUUUUUAAUAAAAUACAAAGUCAUGAUUGUUAGGCUCGAUUUAAUGCAAAAGGAGAAGGGAACUAAUAUUUAUGUGUCAUGUAUUUUGCCUACAUAAUACUUUUUGAUAUUCAAACCAAUCGUGUGGAGGCUGUUGGCCUCAUGUAAUAAUUGAAACAAAAUAAAAAACGCAUGCAAAGAAGUUCAGCAAAUUAUCCAAAGUUAAAAGCUAGUGUGUGGCAGAACCAGAACAAAAACUCAGGUUUAUAUAAAAACAGGAAAAACCCCUGGGGUAUCACUACCAUGUUGCUUCCCUGUAGAAACUGUAGAAGCGAAAGUAGAUAAAACAGAUAUGAAAAAAUUAAACCUUAUAUGGUAAAUCAAUUAGGCUUAAUAGCAAUUUGCAUUGAUUUAUUCAAUGUUUAUUAAUGACUGCAUUUUCUAUAACCUGAAUAUAUAAUUUCAGGUUGCCUGCUUUUCUAGCCAAUGCAAAUUAUCCCAUAUAAUGGUAAUGAUUAUAUAAUAGCCAUGAUUGUUUUAAUGUGACUUUUUCAUAAAAAUAACGAUAUGCUUAUAUGACUCAGGCCUAAUGUGUUUUCCCUGAGGUUGGAUUUAGAAGAAAAAUGUUAUUUUCUUUAUGGAUAAGUAAUUCCCAUUUUGGUUGCUACGUAUUAUGAUUCAAAAUAAAAAGUACUUACUAUGAAACUUUACAUUCGUAACUAUAAUGAUUCCCAUAUAGAGGAUUGUCCCAAACUAACACAAAUGUUUUUAAAGUUUGUGAGACACAAAUGCUUUGGUUCAUCUGUACAAUAUAUAUUAACUUUCAUCAUUUAAUACAACUCCCCCUACACCCUAACUCAACUCAUUUUUCAUGUGUCCAGAGCAUCUGUAUUUCCAUCCUCCCUUCUGUCCACUUGUUGUAUAGAGGCAACACACACCACCGCCUUCGUCCUGUCCCUCUAGACUUUUCACGUCCUUAGAAUAUUGUUCUCCUUAGCUCUGUUUCAGAAUGUACACUUCUAAUGUUUUACGUGUAUCACAGAGUCACUCGUGCUGCCUCUGGCCUUAUUUGUGAUUUGUAGGAAUGGCUGUAUUCCUGGAGCCAACACUAUAUACUCUGGGCCACCACCACUCAUCUUCAUAAACAAGGGAACCCGUGUGACUGUAGGAUCAACUGAGGUUUCCUAGACAAGGAAGCAUGCUUAUAUUCUACAAGAUUGUUUAUUAUUAUGAGUCUUCCUUAUGCAUGAUAAAUAUAUAAUUGAAUAUAAUUUGUAGGAAUAUAGAAAAAUUGAUCUUCCUGUCCUUGGCACUUGCUAUCUGUGGAUCUUUCUAAUUUUCUUGACGUAUCACAACUUGGAGAAACAAAGCUUACCCAUCACAGCGUAGCACCAUUACAAAACCUCCUGUAGGCUCUUCCAGUGUGGUGGCAUCAUAUCAACUAGAUUUCUUACCACAACAAUUCACAGUACCAAAGAGCAUUAAAAUGACAGAUAAAAAGUGAAAUUACAGUCUGUAUUCAUCUCACUUAUUUUUUUUUUUUUUGGUUUUGAUUUCUGUAUACCCAUGUGCAUGGUCUCAUGUUUGAGAAGUGCACUUAAAAACUGAGAACACCAAUUAUCAGUAAUUCUAAUGCUUGUAUAACCAGAAUUAUAAACUCUCCUUGUUGACAACUGAAAAUAAAUAAUUUGCUGAGCUCACUUCAUUUUUUGCAGUUCAGAUUUUCUCUUCUUUGCAAUCAACUGUCCACUGAGUUUUAACUCUUUACAAGGUGCUGUGAUCUGUGAUUUAUUUUAGUCUUCUCUCUCCUACUGCUUUUCACUUUCAUUUAUUGCAGUUUAUGAAAGAAGUACAGCAUUGAGAAUCACAAUUUAGGUCUCCACCUUAAGUGGAAAAAUAAUAUUGCAAAAAAGAAUUUUUGAGUUUAGUGGAGCAUAUGGGAAUAUUUUGAGACCAAAUUAUUUUUCCCACCCAAAUACUGUGCCUUACUUCCCACCUUCCUUUUUUUUCUUUUUUUCCUAUAAUUAUUUAAAAAAAAUAUUUCCCUCUCAUUGUUUUCACAAAGUCUAGGUCUUCUUCAACAUGUUUUCAUCUAGUUAUGGACAUUCUUAGCACAGAAUUUUUGCUGCUUUAGCAGGCUUUCUUAUGCUUCAAUUUGCAUGAGCUCCAUGAUUUUCACUCUUCAUACAUAAAUGUUAAUAAGAUGAGUAAUAUUCAGGACUAUUUUCUUAGGCAGUUAUUCCAUGAUCAUAAAUUCAAUGCCAUUUCAGCAAAUAUUUUUUCUUCACAUGGCAAAAUAAGCUUUUUUGUUUCCUUAUUUUUAACUCAAACAUGGUAAGGUAAGUUAGAAAACCUGUGGAUGAGAACACUGAUACUCAAUAUUCUAUUAGAGCUUAAGUUGAUAAAUGCUGUUCAGAUGAACAGAAUAGUGGGAUUCUUAUGUGAAUUUCAGGGUGAGAUGUUAAAAAAUAUUCUUCUGACUAAGGCUUUCAUUCUGGAUUUGUUGUUUUUCAUAUUCAUCUAAAAUGUUUUUUAAGUUAGACCCACCUUAUACAGCUUGGCCAUUAGAGUAAAAAUUUUGACAUACUACUUAAUAGACUUUAUUUUUCUACCAUAUGCUUUCUAUUUCUAACUAAAGAAUAUUUCUGAAUUUAGUGAGAAAGGACAUGUGAAUUAAAAUGUUUGUUUUCUAAGCAUUAGAUGUAAUUGCAAUUUAACUUGUAUUGCAUUUUGUUUCUGAUAUAUUUGUGUAUCAAAAGAUAGACUUAAAUAAUUCAUUUCAGCAUCUCAAACAUCUACAUUAGGUUUGCUAGAUACCCACAUUUUUACAGAAUAAGACUAGAACAGGUUAGGAGCUUUGCCUAAACAUGUAUCUGUCCUUCGAGUAAAUGCAGGGUUGGAAAUUGUACCUAGGUCUUUUGACCCCUAACCCAUUUUUUUCUCCAUUUCAGUACAUAUGCCAUCCUAUUUGUAAUCAUGAACUUUAUAGAGUGAAUACAUAUUUUCCUGGAAACACUCUAACCCUACUCGAUAAAAUCUUUAUUGUCAAAAUGAAUAUAUUUCUCCUAACUGAAUCAUACUUUGCAGAAUCAUACUUGUAAAUUUAAUUUGAAAAUAUAAUUUGAAGAAUAUUUGCUGAUUCCCACAGCAGGUAAUUCUAAGUUGAACCUAAUAACUAGUAGGAUUUUGCACAAUAUAUGUUGCUGUAGCAAUAUCUAUGUCAUUUAAAAAAAUACCAAUAAUGUGUUUAUAGAACCCAUGUGACAGUAUUCCAUUAAUUCCAUUUUUUUGCUUAUGCUUUUAUUUUAUUUUAGAAGCACCAUUUGCUUGUUUCCUAGAAUAAUGCCAGAGUACAGAACACAGUACAAGUUUUUUACAUUAUUAAGUCAUAUGCAAGAAAUGAUGCCAUCAUAUAACCUUAAGGAGAACACCCCCAAAAUAUUUCUUGAUCCUAAGAAACUGAAGAUGGUUAAAAUUGUUAGGAUAAGAUCUAGUUAAAAAAUUCUCGCUUGUUAAAAGGUCCUUCUAUGUAAUUAACACUGAAACCUGUAACAGUUGCCUGGCAACAGGAAAACUAGAGUUUCUUUUAUCUUAGAGAUACCAUCUACCUCCAUCCCCAUCUUAUUGAGAUAUUCUUUCUGGAUUUAUCCCUUUAGAUUCCAUUCCAGAAAAGAAAAAAGUCACUUCUAAAUAAAAGAUCCUUGGUGAAGGGUGUGAAAGCAGUAAUCUAUUUUUACCCUAAGAAAUAGUUUUACCCUAAGAGAUAGUUUACCCUAAGAAAACACCUUAGUAAAAGUUUGGAUAAACUGAUGCAUCACAGUAAAAUCUUCAGUGAACAGGGUCCUAAACCCAUUGGCAGUCGGUGAUGUUUGGUUAGACUCAGCCCAGGUGGCAAUGCCCUUACUAAGUCUCUGUCAUGCAUCGUGGCAAGCCCUAGUGGCGUGGGUAUAUCAGCGAAAUAUAAGGCACCUUCUUUGUGAUGAUAUAGGUGAGGUUGCACAUUACUUAAAUAUGUGUUGGCUAAAGAAUUUCCUAUGUUGAAGAUGGAAGAGCAGGACCUUUCCAAAUAUUUGCUAAAAUUUACAUUUGAUUUGAAACUUUUCAUUUAAAAGCCCUUCCCUCCAAAGAUUUUAAACUAGUGUGUAGGUUAGUAUUUCCUAGAAUGAACAAUUCCCCAUUUGGGAGGAAUUUUUGAAAACAUUUUAUUUACUAGUAAGAUUGAUUUGUUAAGUCUGUUUUAUCCCAUUAUUACAUUUGGGCAAAUGUCAAAAGUCAGAUUAUUGUGAUAAAAGUUACACAUGAUGACAGUGUAACUUUUAUACGUCUUAUAUAAGACAUUCCUUGGCAAUAGCCACACCUAGCUACUUUUUCCAAGAAUUAUUCAGGGAUUGGAUUUAGAGGUAGAAUUAUUUUUAAAUAUAAAUUAUAUCUUAGGCUAUAUUUUUACGAUUUUUAAGUGAAAAAAAAUCUACAUAUAGUUGCUUUGUUCCAUAGGCAUCUUAAAGACCAAGUGAUCAUCUUAUCACAUGAUGUACCAACAAUGAUUGCUGUGAUAGUGAAAUAAAGACCAGGGUGGCUCUGCUUAAUACUGAGCUGAUACAGUUAGUUGUUUUUGCAUGUACAUAUUUCAUUUUUCAAAAGAUCAGUAAGGUAUAAACCAAUUUAAAUGCCUGUCCAAGUUUGAAAAUACAAAAACCCUCUUCUUGUUGCCUUCUUACAGAUGAAUGUACUUAAAGUGAUUGUGAUUUAGUCUUGGAAUAUCUAUUUCUGUAAGUUUUCCACAUAUGCUCUGAACUUGGCAAUAAAACAUGGAAAAAAUUAACUGAAAAGGAAAGAUCUGCAAUUUUCAUGUGAGUACAUGUUUUGUUUUAAUGAAACAUAAGUAGAUUUAUUUAAAUCAGGAAUAUAUUAUAUUGAUCAUUUUAAAAGUAUAUUCAGUUCAAUAUGUUCCUACUUUAUUUUUAAGCAAACUUGUUUGACUACUGAAUCAUUUACCACUUAACUUUAAUUUAUGCUGUCUGUGUUGUAGUUUCUAAGUUUCACUACAUAACUAAUUUGAAACCAAAUAUCAAAUUCCUCAGUGGGAAUACACAUUUUGCCUGUGGUUUUGAAUGUAUUAUCAAGUUCAUCUCUUACUAGACUGUGAGCUCCUUGUGGACAAGGACAUAAUAUUAGUUUAUGGUAACAGCUUUAAUGCUUGGCAAAGUGCCAAGCAGAGAAUAAUUCUUUUAUUGAAUUCUACAGUAUUCUGUGACACAGGUUGAAUGUAUAUUAGAGGAGUUUGCUGGCUAGUUUUCAAAUUAUGAAGUAGAAAACAAACACCUGUAGUAUUUUCUUUAUCUUAAAAUUUAAAGAUCUUGAACAUUUCAUUUUUAUAUUGUCAGUAAACAUUCUAUGCAAAUGUUGAAAUAUGCAGCAGCUGAACUUUAUGGUGCAUAUUAACUAGUUUUAUUUUCUGUACAGAAUCAGAAAUGCUAGUUAGAAUUCCUGGAAAUAAAUGUUGACAAUCAUUUUAUUGACCAAAGGUGCUACUUAUUUUCCAAUUGACAUUCAUCAUGAGCACUCCUAUCUGCUAAGAUUGAUUUAUUCUUUUUUUUGGCAGGAGCAGGCAGGCAGAGGAGUACCAAAAAAAUUAGAAUAUUCUUUUUUCUGAAUUAUGCAGUUUAGCACUGUAUGUGUUCCUUUGUACUCUCUUAUCAUUGUAUUUUAAUUAUCAUUUCUUAUUGCUCACUAAUUUUUCUUGCAAGCCUAUGCUGUUUCUUAGGAAGUAUAUGCAUAUAUAUUUAUAUAAUAUGUAAGAAAAAACUGUACUGCUUAUUAAAUUAAAGUGACAAAUAAAUGUUCAUGUUAAAUUUUGAAA